CCCCAACCGAUCUCGUCGCCGAUCGCCUCGACGCUCGUCGAAUCCUUCUCCCCCAGCGCACCAAGAUGCAGAUCUUUGUUAAGACUUUGACCGGCAAGACUAUCACCCUUGAGGUGGAGUCUUCUGACACCAUCGAUAACGUCAAAGCAAAGAUCCAGGAUAAGGAGGGCAUCCCUCCGGACCAGCAGCGCCUCAUCUUUGCCGGCAAGCAGCUGGAGGAUGGCAGGACCCUUGCUGACUACAACAUCCAGAAGGAAUCCACCCUUCACCUUGUGCUCCGUCUUCGGGGUGGCAUGCAGAUCUUUGUGAAGACCCUCACUGGCAAGACCAUCACCCUUGAAGUGGAGUCUUCUGACACCAUCGACAACGUCAAGGCCAAGAUCCAGGAUAAGGAGGGCAUCCCUCCGGACCAGCAGCGCCUCAUCUUUGCCGGCAAGCAGCUGGAGGAUGGCAGGACCCUUGCUGACUACAACAUCCAGAAGGAAUCCACCCUUCACCUUGUGCUCCGUCUUCGGGGUGGCAUGCAGAUCUUUGUGAAGACCCUCACUGGCAAGACCAUCACCCUUGAAGUGGAGUCUUCUGACACCAUCGACAACGUCAAGGCCAAGAUCCAGGAUAAGGAGGGCAUCCCUCCGGACCAGCAGCGCCUCAUCUUUGCUGGCAAGCAGCUGGAGGAUGGCAGGACCCUUGCUGACUACAACAUCCAGAAGGAGUCCACCCUUCACCUUGUCCUCCGUCUUCGGGGUGGCAUGCAGAUCUUCGUCAAGACCCUCACUGGCAAGACCAUCACCCUUGAGGUGGAGUCUUCUGACACCAUCGAUAACGUCAAAGCCAAGAUCCAAGACAAGGAGGGCAUCCCUCCGGACCAGCAGCGCCUCAUCUUUGCCGGCAAGCAGCUGGAGGACGGCAGGACCCUUGCUGACUACAACAUCCAGAAGGAGUCUACCCUUCACCUUGUGCUCCGUCUUCGGGGUGGCAUGCAGAUCUUCGUCAAGACCCUCACUGGCAAGACCAUCACCCUUGAAGUUGAGUCCUCUGACACCAUUGACAACGUCAAGGCCAAGAUCCAAGACAAGGAGGGCAUCCCACCGGACCAGCAGCGCCUCAUCUUUGCGGGCAAGCAGCUGGAGGACGGCCGCACCCUCGCUGAUUACAACAUCCAGAAGGAGUCUACCCUUCACCUUGUCCUCCGCCUCCGCGGUGGUAUGCAGAUCUUUGUUAAGACCCUGACCGGGAAGACCAUCACUCUGGAGGUUGAGAGCUCGGACACCAUUGACAAUGUCAAGGCAAAGAUCCAGGACAAGGAGGGCAUUCCCCCGGACCAGCAGCGCCUGAUCUUUGCUGGCAAGCAGCUGGAGGAUGGCCGCACCCUUGCUGAUUACAACAUCCAGAAGGAGUCUACCCUCCACCUGGUGCUCCGCCUCCGCGGUGGUCAGUAAGUGUCUUGGUGUUGGAGCUGCUGCUGUACCUUGGUUGUCUACUGGGCUGCCUCGUCGCCUUUCAAGUCAUGUGUCUUGUCUCGUUUGAAGUAGUGUGUCUGGUUUAAUGGAUCAUCGAUUGUGUUUGUGCAAACUGUUGCUGGUACAUCAGCCCCGUUCAAGUAUAUGAAUAAGUGAACUUUGAAGUAA